GGGUCUCCAGGAGGACGUACGGACGGCGGCUCGAGCCGGUAACCAUGGCCGGAGCAUCUGCCUGGGUCGCCAUAUGUCGCUGCCUCUAUCCGUUGUCCGCGCUGUUGCUACUGGCGGUGCAUCCGCUGCUCGUGCCGGCUGUCAUGCCCGUCACCGACCUCCCGCCACCCCACAACCGCUCCGCGCCGCCCGGGGCCCACGGCAACGCCACCACCACCGCCCAAGCCUCGUCCGUCGCCACCGUCCUCGCCAUGCUGCGCCACUACCCCGCCCUCGAGGGGCUGGUGCUCGCCUCCUGCGCCGGGGCGCUGCUGCUCGUCGUAUGUCUGAUGGUCAAAGUGUUCAGGUCUAGAAGAAAAUAUAGGAAAACAAGGAAAUAUGACAUUAUUACAACACCAGCAGAAAAAGUAGAAAUGACACCACUUAAUGAAGAGGAUGAUGAUGAUGAAGAUGCAACUGUGUUUGAUGUGAAAUACAGCAGGUGAAGGUUUGUUGGAAAUGCCCAUUACAUGGAUGGCCAAUCGCACUGUGCCAACCACCAGCCACAAUUACCAUCUGGAAAAACAACUGGGUUCCACUUGUCAUCUGUGUUAACUUUUCAUUCAGUAUCUUGCGUAAGAGACAGAAGUGCAAAGGAGAUUGUUACAUUGUCAUCAGCAGCACAAUAUUCACGUCUGUUUCCCAUGGACUUUGUAGAAAGAUUUUUUUUCUCUCCAAAACUCAAGAUAUUCGGGUGUACAAUUUGAAAUGCGUAGUAUUGUAUCUUAUGGUAGAAACUUUGUAUUUAUUCUCUAUCCAGAAUAUAUUAUCAGUACCACAAUGCUGAGGUGAAGUGGAAUAUAGAUUUAAGUGUUUUGCUUGGAUACAUUUUAGUUUAUUCUUUGAUUUUAAAAGAAUAUAUGUGUGCCACUAGGUCAUGAUAGCUUUCAGAAACAGUCGCUUGAUCUGAGCGUACAGUAUAGAAUACCUGCUGCUGUGUUGUGCUUUCAGAAUUCAGUUCUAUUAUCAGUGAAACUCCAUUUUGAAAGUGGAAUGCAAUGCACAGCCGCUACUUUAGGUGCAUGUUUAGCACAAGCAAGACAGGGCAACUUUCUAUUCCCUGGUUUCUAAACCAAACGUACCUACAGUUGGACAGGUUAACAUUGCCUCUUCAGUUGGGGAUCAAUUGACUAACAAUUGAAUUUGUAUGCAUUGUGCACUCUUGAUGUGGACUAAUCAAAAUGAUCAAUAUAAGCAGAGUAAAAACGGAAGCGGUGAGUUUUCUGACGAGCUGGCUUAAUAUUUAUAACUUGGGCCAAUUUGAUAACUUGCUUUUGCUUUUAUUACACGGGUGCACAAUGAAUUAGAGCUACAUAAAUGCUUUUCCCAAAGUCGUUUACUGAAAUAUGGAUCCAGGUAUUCAAUUGUAGUGGAAUGACAUAUCAAUUCAUUCAAAUGGUAACCAAGCUCGGCUUGAUGUAUAGAAGCAAGUCCUGUUAUAAUUUAAUAACGCCUUUCAAGUUGAGUUGAAUUACUCUAAUCAUUUCACAUUCAGACAAUACACUGGCUGACUGCUUUCUUGAAAAGAAACAUACUGUGCUCCAGCAUGAACUUUGUUGAGGGUGGGUCACCUGCACUAUUCUUCAAAGGAAAUCAUGCAUUACAUAGCAUUGUUGUUGCUGGUUUACAUCAUGAACCAGUACUAUUAAAUAACAGGGAAAGCAACAUCAUGCCAGUCGUGGGUUCCAAUACCUUUUCACUUAGUUGUGGUUUUGUUCAAUGUAAAAGUUUCCAGCACUGACUCUGAUGAUAACUGACUUGUUACCAGCAUCCUAUUCAAAUAUCUCACAAGUCGUAAUGUUCUUUGCAGGCUGAACCUAUAAUUGGAUGAAUGCAAUCAUAAAUUUCUCAAAUUUCUAUUUUACUUUAAUUUUGAUGAAGGGCAAGAGAUUUUCUACUGUGUAGCAAAAUUCAUAUUACACUCGUUUACCACAACACUACAUAUUGGUCCUAAAAAGAUGUUUCUGAGAUGUUCAAUUUUAUAACUAUUAGCUCAAUUCUAUUUUAUUUUGUUAGCUCAAAGGAAUCUUCUGGUGGUAGAAUAUAAAUAUAUAGUAUACUGUGAAAAGAGGGGGUGGUAUAACAAAAGGUGAUUUUAUCGGAAUUCUUUAAAGAAAACUUAAAGCACAGUGUCUACAGACAUUUUAAUCAGUUCUCUAAUUAGAUUUUGGCCUCAGUGAAGUGGAAAAAAAGAUGUUGGCACAAAAGAAAAUGCUUAAGCAAUGUUGCACUAAUUCUGCAAGAAGAAGAAUGCUCCUACCUUUUACAGCGUGUUUUAAUCUGAUGACCCAGUACUAAAGAGCAUGACUGAGAAAUGCAGCCAAGCCCUGCUGGAAUAACACGGCGAGUAAAAUCGGCUGAAAUAUAAUUUCUAUGGAAAGUUGUAGUUGUUAGAACUCUCUUCCACUGCUGCCCCCAUUGGCGAAAACCCAAACUAUUCUUUCGGGAUGUUACUGCCUAGAACCAACUAACUUGGCAGGUCAGUUAAAUUAUUACUCUGUCAAUACCUUAUAAACCACUCUUGCCAGCUUUUUUUUGUUCUUUACACCUCCACAUAUCUAAUGCUCAAAAGUCAGCACUGGUAAAGAAUAUCGAUGCUCAUUAAUGGAGAUUAUGCCGCAACGUGCUUAAAAUUCCCUAAAGUGCAGUCAAAGAUAGGAGGGAUGAAAUCUGCAGUUAGACAAUUUUCACAUUAUUUUAAGCGAGCAUACUUCAAAGAUUUUGUAUCCUUUGCCAUACCCUGCAAUCCCGCCAAUAGUACUCAUUGUAGUCUGUCCUGAAUUAGCGAGACUGGGUUCAGCAAACUUCCCUUUUCUACCCGCUAUUUAUUAUGUGCAUCUGAACAUUGAUUGAGAACAUGACAGAAACAUUUUCUGGCUAACAACUUGGUCGCUUUGAAGAGGUACCAGAGGAUGGGGUCAGGAUUAGUCCCUGGCAUGUUGUCCCAACAAAUGAAAAAUUUGCUGCUCUUUGUCAAGAAAUGUUGUGUAAUCCCUUCACAAUGUUAGACAUUCUCUUCUAGUCAUUGAGCUACACUUUAGAAAUGCAGCCAUUGAUGCCGUCAGCACUUGUCAUCAGCACUUGGAUAUACAAAUGUCAUCAGCACUUGGAUAUAUAAAGUUCACUUUAGUUUAUUGACACGUGUGCCGAGAAACAGUGGAAAGCUUUUGUUGCGUGCUAUCCAGUCAGCGGAAAGGCAAUACAUGAUUACAAUCGAGCCAUUCGCAGUGUAUAGGUACAUGAUAAGGGAAUAACGUUCAGUGCCAGGUAAAGCCAGUAAAGUCUGAUCAAGGAUAGUCCGAGGGUCACAAAUGAGGUAGUUUAAGAAGAUCAUGGUUAAAGUAAGAAAAGUUGCUGACGGAAUAGAGAUUUAAGUGUGGAGCGAUUGUAAUAAUGUGAUUGAAGAGCUGCUACUGUGGCAAGCACGCAAAUAAUAGCCGGGGUUGGAUGCCAUCUUGGAAGCAGACAAAACGUGCCCAAUUGGAGGAGAUGGAACUUUAUUACAACCAUGUCCCUCAAUGAGGCAAUAUUUGAGAAGAGAGAUAAUAUUUAAGCAACAAGAUUGAAGUCUCUUUAAACGGAGUAAUGCGAGGACUGUCUUGAGAGGAGUAGGUGGGAGAGUAUAUUUGCCUUAACUUGACUUGGGAGUGGACAGAAAAAUAGCCGGCAAUCCUGGACACACACUCAUGUACUGGGUAUGGUUGCUCCUUACUCAGAGUAAUCAUAGUUGAGGGAGAUCAGGUUGAGGCAGAUACACAUCUAUAAAAAAAUGUUCAAUCAUGACACAUGACCAGUUUAAGUCGGGUUUAAGUGCCAUUUUGUACAAUAUAUUGACAAUCAGCAUCUCCCUGAUCAUUGACAUUUUAGUCAAUGGACCUUUAUAACCUUUGUACAACCAAUCUUUCAGAAGAACUUGGAAAUGAACAGAAAUUUUAUGUGUUUGAAACGUUUAAAAUCAGUUGGUAAUUGCAUCACUUUAUUCAAUAAUGAAACAACCUUUGUCUUAUGUUUACAGUUUGUGGAAAAUAAUAUUUUGUCUAGAUUUUACAGCGUAUAUUUUUCAUUAGGAGUAUUGUGAUGCUUGUAUUCGGAGCAGUUAGUUGGAGUUGCUUGGAGAACUGAAUAGAGAACUGGAGAACGUUCAUUGCAAUGUUGUUUAAUUCCUUCAACAUGCCUUAAGUCAAAGUGAAAUGAGCUUGUUGAUGAAUGAGGCCAGUCCAUCUUCAGCCAUUUGUAAUACAUAAGGACUUUUGGAAAUUAUUCACUUCUAUUUUACUACUUGCAAGAAUAUAAGGAUCUAGUUUGUAGUGACACACUUUUAAGAGAUAGUUAUAUUAUGGGAAGUUAAGGGAACGUUUUUCUCCUUUUUGUAAUAGUCAUUGGGCAAGAUAGUUUAAACAGAAUUUGAAGCUGACCAUAUAACUGAAUUCAAAGGUGAAACUAAAAGUGUCUUGAGAGAGCACCAAGUUGAUAGGCCACCUAUCCUCCUCAACUUGGAGUCCUUUGUCUCAUUGACAUUAUCCUUCAUUCUUCUCCACUGUUGGCCAACCUUAUUGAUUCCCCUUAUAGGAUAUCCCCCUCACUUGAUAAUCAAUGCAGUGAUAAUCAAUUCAUACAACACGAACUCCACUGCACGUGUCUCCUUAGUAUUUCAAAACCAUUGUAGAUACUGAGGACAGGUUAAAACCUUUUAAGCAACCAGAAAACAAUGAAUUUACAAAACUUGGAAUACCUUACUGUGAUUAACACUUGUAAUCGAUUUGUAAACUUGUGAUCGGUAAAACAAGAUAAAGCCACAUAACCUUGCUGCCCUGUAAGGUAACUCUCUUUAAUCGUUGAAGGCUUUUGUAUUUAAUUCCAUUCAGGAAAUUGCCCAAGAACUGAAGGCCAUUGGAAUGAACACUUCCUUUACUUUCUUGAGUUUAGGGCAACACCGUUGUGCAGCUGGCAGCUGCCUCUCGGCGCCAGGGGCCUGGGUUUGAUCCUAAUCUUGGGUGCUGUCUGUGUGGAGUUUGCACGUUCUUCCAAUAUCGCAAAAGAUAUGCAGAUUUGUAGGUUAAAUGCCCUUAGUGUGCAGGGAGUGGCAUAACAUAGAACCAGUGUGAACAGGUGAUUGAUGGUUUGUGUGGACUCGGUGGCCACCGGACCUGUUUCCAUGCUGCAACUUUUCAAUUCAAGUGCUGCUACUUGUGUGUCCUUUGCAUUCCAUGUAUACAAAUAGCCACCAGGUGGCAUCUGUGGAACAAUUGUGUCAGACUGAUCCUUUCCAACCAGGGUAUGCAGUCAGGCCCAUCAGCUCAUUGUCACGCCUGGAACUAGCACCAGAGACAGCAAGGGGAUGGGAGAAACUUAUUUCAAGCUUGUCCUGAGAUUAAAACAAAAGUACAGUGUAUUUUCAAGGAUUCAAGCAGCUGCGGAGAGAAAGUUGGAACAUUUCAGGUCUAAGAUCCAUCAGGCUGAGAAAGAGAAAAUAAGCUGGUGUAGGUCACAGUGCAGGCGGGGGGGUGCAGAGGGUAGAGCAAAGGGAAUUUUCUAGUGUAAAAUAUUGUAGCUAUAGCUAUUAAGGGGUGGCACGGUGGCGCAGAGGUAGAGUUGAUGCCUUACAGCGCCAGAGACUCGGGUUCAAUCCUGACCACGGAGUUUGUAUGUUCUCCCCAUGACUUUGUGGGUUUUCUCUGAGUGCUCCGGUUUCCUCCCACACUCCAAAGACAUGCAGGUUUGUAGGUUAAUCGGGUUUGGUGAAAUUGUAAAUUGUCCCCAGUGUGCAGGAUAGUGCUGGUGUACGGGGUGAUUGUUGGUUGGCACGGACAGGCUGAUUCCCCGCUGCAUUUUUAAUGUCUAAAGUAAAUGGGCAGUUUAGCUCCUUUGUGUUAACUACAUUUCACCCUAUCAGAGAAAUUCCCUCAGUGAACAUUUUGUCCCUCUAGAUGCCGCCUGACUUGCUGAGUUUUUCUCAGGGAUUUCCAUAUGCUAGUGGUCUUGGAUUAGGUAGAAUAUGACAUUGGAAAGUCAUAUUAUCAAUUAAUUCCUCUUGAUUUUGACUCAUGGCAUUAAUCCUUUUAUCAACAUGCUGUGCAGCCACUUGCUUUGUCUUGUUUCCCAAGUAGAUGACAUUACACAAUGAAAACAUACUUUGAAGCCCCUUCUCUUUCUUUUGAUUGAUCAAAUUCUACACUUAGAGAUAAAGAUCCUAAAGGUGGUGUUUAACCUUUUGUUCUCAGACUACACCUGAGUGGAUUGUUUAUUUGAUGGAAAAGUCCCAUCUGUAAGAAUACUCAAUUGCUAAGGUAAGGCAAACAGGACAUUUUCAGGUUGGAGUUAAAAUCGAGGGGGAAAACAUUACAUCCCUUAAGUGUGUCCAGCACUUUUGUUCAGGAUUCCAGCAUCUGCAGAUUCUCGUGUCUCCACAAUUACAUGAUUGUUGGAUAUUGUAUUUUUUUAAAUUAUCUUCAAAGAAAGUAAUUGUAAAGCAUCUACUCCAAAUGCAAUCGUAUGUGUAUGUACUAUUGAAAUGGAACAUUUGGCAUCGCUGACAAACUUUGGACAAGUGGGUUGAGUAUAAUCACAGAUGCAUACUUGUACCUAAAUAAGAAGGUCCCUGAAUGUAUCUUUCAGAGCAUACAAUAUCAAUUUUAAUUCCUGAUCUUAAAAUGUUGCGUUCUGUUCUUUCUUACUUAUUUCUGUUUGUUCUCAACUGAUAUGGAAGUGUCUUAUUUCCCACAUGUGUUGACCAAAUGUAUGAAGCUACUGAUUCCUAGUGAUUUUUAACCGUAAAUUAUCUUGACGCUUUUUAUCAUAUCUAAUCUACGGGGAAUUGGGACAAUUAUUUUGCACUUUGACCUUAUAAUACUGUUACAGUACCUGUCUUUGUAAUGAUUAUAUAACACUAGUUUUUGAGUUGGACUUUAAAUGCAACUAAUUUAUGUUCCAUUUGGUAUGUGUUACACUGGAGAAUUAUGAGUGAGAAAGCUCAUGUUUGUCAAACUAUAUCAGCUUGUUUUAUGUAGUUUCUGGAAUAAUUCACACUGGAUUUUUUGGGUUGACUUUUGACGUCUUAUUUGAAAAGAAUGUAAAAUAUUUAGAAAAUAAUAUGUAUUAUUAGCAAAUCUCUGAUUUGAUCAUCUUGUUGUAAUUACUUAAUCUAAUCUGCCAAUAAAUAUCUUUAGUGCAUUA